ACUAUUUUAAUAAUUUCUUAAGAAUGGGCAGCUAUAUGCCUUGCAUUUAUUGAAACAAAUAACUAUUCAAUUAAAAAAUACGCGAUACCGUUCUAUUUUUAAAUUUUCAAAAUUUCUACAACAAACGAUUUGUGCAGUAUUGAGAAUCUAUUGUAGUGAGAAUCUUGUUUUUAAGUCAUUGUUAUUUUUUUAAAAUUGUUUACUAAAAGUUUACUUUUAUACAGAUAUUUUUUUUCUUAUUUACAAUCAACUCAGAUUAAAAUUACAUUAUGGAAAAUAGUUUUUCAAACAGCUCGUUUCAGAAAUUAGCAGAUAUCACACUGAAAACAAAAGAUGGAUGCACAUUUAAAGCCCACAAGAUUCUUUUAGCACAAAUCAGCAAAUAUUUUGAAAAACUGUUUUGCGGUGAGUUCAAACCAUGUACUGAUGAGAUAUUUGUGCCGAUGGUAAAAGGUGAAACGCUAAACGAGUUAUUGUGUUACAUCUACCAAGAGAAAGAUAUUUUAACAACAGAAAGCGUAGCAGAUGUCCUCCUAGCUUCAGAUUAUUUAAUCAUGGAUGAUUUGUUUGCUGAUUGCAAAACCUUUAUACUUAACGAUGGCUUAACCGUCGAUAACUGCAUACAAGUCUACAACAGUGCUUGGAAAACUCAGUUGAAAGACAUUAAAGCUAACUGUAAGAGAUAUAUUAAAAUCCACAGUGAAGAAGCUUUCAGCAGUCCUAAAACCAAUAUCAGUGGUCUGUCAUUAGCUGCAUUCAAAGAGAUCCUAGAAUGCGACAACUUGAAUAUUUCCGAUGAAUCAUGUGUAUGGAACACUAUGAUAUCAUGGAUAAAAGGAAAUAAACCCGAUGGAAUGAACCAUUUCCCAGAGUUAUUAAAAUACAUAAGACUUCAAGAAAUAGACGAAUCAUUAGCAGAGGGACUCGAAUUACCACCCACAGCCGAAGACAACCCUUUUUGCUUUGACUCUACUCUGCACAGCGAGAACCAAGCAAAAGCACUAUCCUUGAUAAUUAAACAAGCCAAGAAACUGCCUCAAACCGUAACUGGUUUGCGAGGUCCUCGAAUUAGCAACAACAUCUACUUCAUAUGUAAACAUUUUCGUGGUAGGAGAGUGGAACUUUAUAUAACAUACGACAAUAAUUUUGACUAUUUGUAUAGUAUGGGUAAUUAUCCUAUGUUUCGUGAAGUAGGUUUUAUGGAUAUUUGCAUCGGAGGACCGUUUGCUUAUUUUUCCUUCUAUAAUGAACCAACCUUGAUAAAAAUGUUUGAUCUCGUCAAUAAGACUUGGACAACUAUAAGCAGUGUUCCACAGAAUCGAUCUUUAUAUUCGAUUGUUUCCGUAAAUGACGAUGUUUAUGCAUUGGGUGGUAUGUCUUUCAUGGACAACGUUGACGAAAUCGAAUUUAAUUUCAUAAAUCCUUUUGGGGGAUUUCUGUUUUUAGAUUUUAACCUAAAUGAAAAUAAUGACGAUAAUAGAAAUGUACCUCGUCUUAUAUUUCAUCGAGCAUUUCAUAGGCCUGAUAUGGAAAAUCCAGUGGAUGAAGAAGACGAGUUUGGUGAUUUUCCUUUUAGGGAUAUUGGGAUUUUCCUUUUUGGAAAUAAUAAUGUGGAUAAUGAAGAUGAGAUUGAGGAUUUUCCAUUGGCAAUUCUUCCUGGAGACGAAAAUGCAGAAGAAGAAGAGCAAGGUAUUGAUGAAUUACAAGUUAACGAGGAUAAUGUAAUUUAUGAAAUCUCUGAUUUUAAUCCAGAUGAUGACGAAUUUUUGGUAAUACAUUCUGAAGAAGAAACUGAUGUGGACGAAAACAUUUUUUCUGAUAAUGAGUAUGAAAUUGAAAAUGGACAAGCUAUUAACAGGAAUGAGCAUUUUGAUGAAACAUCGAACGAACAAACGGAUAAUCGAGAUGAAAAUUCAAAUGAGACAAUAAAUAAUUACGAAGAAGAAUUAAAUGCGAACUCUGCAGAAGUACAAGACCAAAGAGCUGAUAAUUCAGAUAAUAAUGAGUUCGAAGAAACAACAAAUAACGAAACAAGAAAUACACCCGUCGUCAUAAAUGAAACUGAAAUUGAUGGUGAUAAUCGGGACGAAGUUUUUGAUGAAGCAUCAGACAUAAGCGUGGAAAACUCGGCAGAAAUGCGAGACCAGAUAGCUGAUAAUUGGGAUGAUAAUUACUUUGAGGUCGAAACAGAUAAUGAAGCAAAUAAUUUGCCUGCAGACAUUGUUGAAACAGAAAAUGAAGAGACUGAUAAUAGAAUUGAAGAUUUGAUUGAAAAUUUUGAGGAUGAAAGGAGAGGUGUUGAAACACGCCCGGAUGAAAUACAACAUGAAGAACCAGUUGAUAAUCAUAGUAACCUUGAUGAAGUAAUAGAAAAUGAAGCAAAUAAUCUGGAUGUAAACAUGAAUGAAACAGAAACUGAAGAAUCUGAUGAAACCGAGGAAGAUAUCAACGAAACCAGCGUAAACAGAUUCACCAUCGUGCAGCGCUACAAUAGAGAAACCGACUCUUGGCAGUUGGUGAAACCAAUGCACCCGAUGCAUGUUUCCAAGGUAGUUGCAUUAAACAACAAUAUAUAUGCCAUCGGAGAAAGUAUGAAUCUCGAUGCAAUGGUGUGUCAAGUCUAUCAUCCCAACAACGAUACAUGGCAUUUGAUACCAAAUCCUGAAUUCUACCGCUCUGAUUGCGCUGUUGUGACAUUUCAUGGUAAACUAUACCUCAUUGGGGGACACGGUAGACAGUUCGAUGAGCUUAGAAAAGUAGAAGAGUACAAUCCAUCCAAGAAUUUGUGGCGCCCACUACCAGAUCUACCAUUUCUAUAUGUCGAGCCUGAAUCUAUAGUUAUAAAAAAUUCGCUGAUAGUAUUUGAUCAGAGUAUACUAAGAAAUGAGAGCCAAAAGCCUGUAUUUUGGAACAACGAAGACCAAUCGUGGUGUAUUGCAGAAUUUAUGAACCAUGAGCUCGUGGGGCAAAUGAAACACUGCCAAAUAAUUCCUAUCGAAAACCGGAGCGUGUUGGAGGAAUUGACAAAAAAACACAAACGUGAAAGAAGUGUUUGGGGAAAAAGUAAUUUGAGUAAUUUGAAUCUAAGUGAACUGGAAAUUAACGGUUAAUAAUGCACGGGUGUUCUUUUAGCAGAUUUAAGUAAAAUAUCUAUUUUUAACGGAAUGAUUCUUGUUUUCUUUUUAAAACCCUCUUGCUUACAAUACAGUAAAAACGUAUCGAAACAGCGUCUAUGCAAAUCAUUAUGCCUGUAGAAAGCAUAAAAACUUCUUAAGUGCUGUCGCCAAGAAGAUUUACCAAAUUUCCUAGUCCUAGUGUUUUGAUUUUAUUGGGCACCUGGGUAUCAAAUUUAUGUUGACUAAAAGCAAUGAAUAUUUUUUGUUUCAAAAAAGAAUUGGUAUGGUAUAACACACAUGCAAAAAUAUAUAUAUUACUCUCUGGGUUUCUUUUAUUCUGUUCAACAGUUUUUUUUUUUAUUAAUAUGAACAUUAAACCUAACUAUCUUUAAGUUUUCUAUUAUUUCCUUGCUCAAAAAAUUCCUACAGGUGGUUCAAUCAUUUUACUGUGACAGCGAAACUUGUUUCAACCAUUAUAUGUCAAAUUUGUUAAGACAAUCUAUAUUUACAUGAAAAUUUCGACCUACCACAGCUCGAAUCAUUAAUUUGGCAUCUUAAAAAAGAAUUCUUAUGUCACUAAAGGGAAUUUACAACCACUAUUUCAUUUUCUUUAGAGCCGAGUGAACCCCGUUUAUAUGCUUUGAAGUAGCAAGGAUUUUGACCUACACAGCGUCACGAGCUGACUAUGUCGGAUCGCAUAAUCUACUGCAAAAUUGCAACGAACGGACAUACCUUCAACCUCUAAGCUUGAUAUAAAGUGCUUCUUUAGAAGAGGGAACAUUUUUAAUUCCUUUUCUAAAAAGAGAUGCAACGCUGAAUUGAUUUGAAGAGAUGAAAUCUAAAUUAUAUUUUAUAAACCCAAUCUACACUAAUUUUGCUUUCUUACCAAAAAAACAACUCCCGUUGCAAAUCUCCAAAAGCGUGACAUGUUUUGUAUUCAUUACGAUGACAGUAAGCAUUCAAUGAUUCAGGAGGCUAUCAAUAUCUGUCAAUAGCAAAAUUAGGAUUCAAUGUAUAAUUUUAAUUAGAUUAGCUUUCCUUUCAUCAUUCAAAUUUUGCAAAAUAAUUUUUUCACUGGCAGUGAACAAUAGGUAAAAUUUUUAGGAUUAAAUAUAUUUUUUAAAACACCUUAAGAAGCAUUUAAGGACAUUACCAAUAGUUUACAUUGGGGAAUAAAUAUUUUUUUGUUUCCUGUGGCGUGCAAUUUUUUUUUUGCGUCACUCGAGUGACAAUUGAGUGACUAUUGUGUCACCAAUUCUCAGUUACGUUGGGAAUGGUAGGAAUAAGGCGAUAAUUAUGCUGUGAAACAUUAAGGUCAUAUGUUUCUUAUCUUUAGUGACAUUUUCAAAGAAACAGAUAAGUGUAUACACCUAUUCACAAACCUUACCUAUACAUAAACCAUACCUUUUUUAACUUGUACUCAGACAAAAAAUUAACGAAACUAAAAAUAUCAUUUUGAAAAAAUUCUAUCUCAAAAUUACUAAUUCAAACAUCCGAAUUCCAACAUCCGAAUUAGGAAUGAUUGUCAACUUGUAUAAAUGCAACAGAAAAUUUCUUAUCCACUGUUAUUUGCUCUUUCGUCUUUGAAAUACAAUUUAUCAAACCAAAAAUUAAAUAUUAGUGCUAAACCUUUAAUGGCAUUGUAGCAAAAAUCAUUUGUAGUUGCUACAGAAAUUCUAUAGCAGAUGGAAGUUUGGCAUAUGCUUAUGACUGGCAGUGCUUAUGACGGCCUAAAUAGUUAUGGUCAUAUGUUUUGUCUUAAGUGACAUUUUCAGAGAAACAGACAAGUGUAUAUGCCUAUUCAUAAAUCUUACCCGAACAUAAACCACUUAUAACUUGUAUUUUCAGUUAAAAAAUUAACUAAACUAAAAAUAUUACUUCUGCCGAAGACUCCGUGUGUACAAAAUGG